AUGGCGCCUCUCCUGGCGGUGCUGGCGCUAGCGGCUCCCCUGUGCCUGGCGAAGCACAAAGAUAAGCCCAAGAAGGCUCACAUUCCGAAGAUCGCGCCCUGCGGAGAAGGACUCAAGGGGCUGGUGAACUACCAAUUCGACAGAGAAGAUGAGGAGGCGGUGAUAACUACGGCGGCGUAUCUUUCGAAGAACACCUUGAAGCUCUACACGGGCAACGUGAACUAUCGCACCAUCGACCUCAAUGACGCCAUAUCACCAUUGGAGACGCUCGGCGAGAAGUGCUUCGCCAUCAGAAGCCGAGAUGCACUCCCUAACGUGUUAUGUGCGGGCGGACUCCUGGAACGCAACAAGUGGAUCAACUCGAUAGAAGCCAGCAUGUUGUGCGCUGAAACUGGCAUAAAGUCCACUCUGCCACUCAUACCUGGCGAAGAGACGCUUGAGGAGUUAGACAAGGAGAAACCUGCCGGGAUAAACCUGUUCAUUCACGACAGCCCUGUUGGCAGACCGGAAAUUUACAUCAACGGGAAGACGACGAAGGAGCUCGAAGACGAACGCAAUAAGCAGUCUAUUGAUGCAUCUCACGUUGUUAAUGAUAUGAAGGAGCUAGCGGACCUCGACCAGCUUUUCCCCACCUUCGAGGCCAACGACGGCGAACCCAUGGCCGUUGCACCAAUAGAUGAGGAAGCGCUCGCAGAAGCGAGGGCGGAGGCGGGCAUGGUGGACGAUGCCACACCGGACAUGGGUUACUACAUGCACGAGAAAUCGCUUUGA